AAUUUAUCUUUAUCAAGGACGGGAUAGGGUUUACUCUUUUCCACUUUUAUUUUCUUCGAAUACACAAGCUCAUCGUCCGCAAGAAUUCCCACGAACGCUCUUUGAUUCGCGUUUGCAUCACUUUCGUUGGAAUAUUCCACUUGUGACUCUUAAGCCUUAUCUGCAAUUAUCAAAAUUGUCGCCGAGUGAAAAUGUUUCUUUCGAUUGGUUUAAAACAUAUAAAGAUUUAAAGCCCUUGUUUGAUGAACAGUUACAAAAUAAAGAUGUUUCAAUUUUGAUGUUAG